UGGAAUUCAUCAAACGAGAAUUUAUUGAUCACAAAAAUAUAAAUAAAAAUAAAAAUUGAUAUCGUUUUUCUUAUAUUGCCUGCUCUCUCCCACAUUCAUAGCACCAUGGUUCGUAGCCGAAAGUCACCGCUCUUUCCUUCUUUCCUUACCCUUGUAGCUUUGCUCUCUUCCGAAGCAAGAUACCCAAGUCUCUGGACUUCUUUCUUAAAAAUCAAAAUCUGUAAUCUUGUUUCUUGAAUUCCUUCAAUUAAUCCAACACUCAGCCAAACUAAAACUCUUAAAACAAUCCUCGAUUCCUCCUGCCUGCUGAUUUUCAGGAUUUGGUAUCGUUAUCGGUACGCGUUUUGCCGAUUAAUUCCACCGAUAAAGAAGUUAAGGGACCGAUUUCAACUUGGGGAAGAAGCAGAUGUCUAAAUUCGAUGGGGUUCUUGUGUCUGAUCAUUGGCUUCAAAUCCAGUUCACAAAAGUUCAACUUCGUACCCUCAAAUCCAAGUUUGUAUCAUUUAAGAAUCAAAAUGCUGAACUUACGGCUGCGGACUUGCCUCUAUUGCUUGCAAAAUUGAAGCCUUUUAGCGAGUUGUUUAAGGAGAAGGAAAUAGAGGACUUAUUAUCAGAAUCUGGUUUCGACAUGAGCAAUGGAAUUGAUUUUGAAGUUUUCCUCAGGGGUUACCUGAAUUUACAUUCACAUGCUGCUGCCAAACUGGGCAAUUCAAAUAACUCAUCUUCGUUUCUUAAAGCAACAACCACAACUUUGCUUCACACCAUUGAUGAAUCAGAGAAAGAAUCUUAUGUUGCUCAUAUCAAUAGCUAUCUUAGAGAUGAUCCAUUUAUGAAGCAGUUUCUUCCCAUAGAUCCAGCUAUCAAUGCUUUGUUUGAGUUGGCUAGAGAUGGAGUUCUUUUAUGUAAACUCAUCAAUGUUGCAGUGCCCAAUACGAUAGAUGAAUGCGCAAUUAACACCAAAAGAGUACUGAAUCCAUGGGAAAGAAAUGAAAAUCAUACUCUUUGCCUUAACUCUGCCAAGGCUAUAGGAUGCACAGUAGUAAAUAUUGGCAACCAGGAUUUGGUUGAAGGAAGACCUCAUCUGGUUCUUAGCCUAAUUUCUCAAAUUAUAAAGAUCCAACUCCUGGCAGAUCUGAACCUUAGAAAGACGCCUCAACUUGUAGAAUUGGUGGAGGACAACAAUGAUGUGGAGGAGCUUAUGGGAUUAGCACCUGAGAAAGUCCUAUUAAAAUGGAUGAAUUUCCAUCUUAAGAAAGCAGGAUACAAGAAACCCGUUACGAAUUUCUCAUCUGAUCUCAAGGAUGGAGAAGCUUAUGCUUACCUGCUUAAUGUUCUUGCACCAGAACAUUGCAGCCGAACCACAUUGGAUACCAAGGAUCCAGCUGAAAGGGCAAAUUUGGUACUUGAGCAUGCAGAAAAAAUGGAUUGCAAAAGAUACUUGGCUCCUAAAGAUAUCGUUGAAGGCUCUGCCAAUUUAAAUCUUGCAUUUGUUGCACAGAUUUUCCAUCAAAGAAUGGUUUGUCUAGUGAUAACAAGAAAAUUUCAUUUGCUGAGAUGA